GGAGGCAGCAAGGGCGAGGCGGUGGGCCCUCAGCCAGGAGCAGUUCACGUGAGGGGUGGCAUGAUUGCCGCCGUGCACUUGGGCGGCCCCACGGCCGAUCGCCACACGCUUGCCAAGCCGCUGCUCGACAGCCGGCCCUCCCUGCAAGUGCUGGACUAUGGGGAUGCUGUGGUGUCCCCUGGCAUGAUUGACGUCCAUGUCCACAUGAAUGAGCCCGGCAGGGAGGAAUGGGAAGGCAUGGCGACCGCGACCCGCGCCGCCGCUGCCGGCGGCAUCACCACCCUGAUCGACAUGCCCCUCAACUCCGCCCCCUGCACCAACACCCCCGCGGAGCUGGCCCGCAAGGCGGCGGCCGCCGCCGAGCCCAACAAGACCCACGUCAACGUCGGCUUCUGGGCGGGCCUGGUCCCCGCCAACGCUGCCGCCCCGGGCGUGCUCAAGGCGCUGGCCAGGGGCGGCGCGCUUGGCUUCAAGGCCUUCAUGGCCCCCUCCGGCAUCGACGACUUCCCGCACGUGUCGCCCGCCGAGGUGGAGGCGGCGCUGCCCACCAUCCGUGCGCUGGGCCUGCCGCUGCUGGUGCACGCCGAGAUUGUGGAUGGCGAUGUGCCUCAGGAGGUGGGUGGGCAGGCCCCGGGGCCCCGCGAACACUCCACCUGGCUGGCGUCCCGGCCGCGGCGGUUUGAGAAGAACGCGGUGCGGGCGCUGAUCGGCGCGCUGCGGGCCACCGCCGCCAACGCCACCAAGCCCGGCUUCCGCCUUCACGUGGUGCACCUGUCCGGUGGGUAUGCCGAGCUGGUGCCUGAGAUUGUGGCUGCCAAGGCGGAGGGUCUGCCCAUCAGCGUGGAGACCUGCCCCCACUACCUCAACUUUGCCACCGAGCGCGUCCCUGUUGGCGACACACGGCUCAAGUGCGCGCCGCCUCUGCGCGAGGAGGACAACCGCUACCGCCUGCUGGAUGCGCUCAAGGACGGCAGCAUCGACAGCGUGGCCACAGACCACUCCCCCUCGGACCCUGCACUGAAGCUGCUCCAGGAGGGCGACUUCCUCAAGGCCUGGGGCGGCAUCUCUGGCCUGCAGUACGCGCUGCCCUCCACCUGGUCUCCCUGCCACAUGCACGGCAUGAACCUCACCUGGCUGACGCGCGCCUGGUCCACCUACCCCGCCCAGCUGGCCAACCUGGGCAGGAAGAAAGGGCGGCUGGCUGCCGGCUACGACGCAGACAUUGUGGUGUGGGGGCCGGAGCAGGAUGCUGACACGAGCCGCGAGGCGCUGCAGCACAAGCACAAGGAGACGCCCUACAAUGGCAUGCGCAUGCAGGGCCGCGUGCUGGCCACCUUUGUGGGCGGCAGCCAGGUGUUUGGGGAGCAGCAGGGCGUGGCGCCCGCAGCCUGCGGCGCCGUCAUCCUGCCCAAGCAGCUGCUCCCGUUCCCGUGACGAGCCGCCGUGCAUGGGCCAUUGCUCCCCCCCCCACUCUCCACACUGGAUUUCAUUGACUGCGCCCUGCAUUGUUUGCUCUUGCACCCAUCUUCUUUCAUUACUUGUAAGGUGAUCUCU